AUGGAUCAAAACGAACAAGAGGAACGUAAAAUUAAUGCUUUUAAGAACAUGGUGAUGGAGAUCAAGUGUAUCGGGGUACCAUUUGGGUUCGACCAAUACGGGGGUAACCUUCAAGACCCGAUGGUAUUUGAAAAAUGGCCUCUGGUUCAAUCGUAUGGACUUGACGGCAGAGAUUCAAGAGACAAAGGUUUUCUCACCAUGAACCAUCAGGUGGUUAAUAUAUCUCAAGAAAUGAUGCAAGUGAUGGCACACCUUGAUACAUUUAGUGCAAAACGACUUGUUAAGGAGAGUCAACCCUUUUUAGCGCACCAUUUUGAUGCAUUUUUACAGAAGCUCGACCAUGCCGAGUCACCAGAUGUGCGCAAUGCAAAGUCUGAAUGUGAGUUGGGGGAGAAUCUGUUGACUUCUUAUGAGUUUGGAACGAUGCAGUAUCGUGCCCGUGGACUUCAAAUUGCUCCAAACAGAGGUAGCCGAGUGUUGUUUGGAGUGAGGACGAAUGCGUUGACGGAAGUGUCUUCUUCUGAGGCAUUUCUUGCAAAUUCAGGUGCAAGAUCUGAUGUUCCGGCAACGCAUAUGGUCGUGCAAGCUGAAGAUCCAUUGACAGGCGUGCGAUUUGCCCGCACAUAUUUCUUCUCGACUGGAAAAGUGUGCAAACAAAUCUUCGAUGAUGACUCGUUGGUUUAUUCACAACAACAGCUGAGUGAGAAUGUUCCGAAGUCUGCAGCAGAUACGAAGACAAUGAUCGACAUGUAUGCGCUGCUAUUUUAUGGUUUUAAAAAGGGAGUAGCACAACUCAUUGAGUGCAUGGCUGGCAAUAUGGCAUCCAUUGAUCAAUGCCUAAAAUUGGCCUGUGCAGAAGCCAUUCAGAAGAUGAUUCAAGUGGAUAGAGCUGAAUCACAAAUGCUUGGAUCGCAAAAAUUUCCAGUCUCAUUCUUUAAUGAUCAGCUUCAUUUCAUAGUAGAGGCCAUGGAUGCUCGAGGACAACGAAUUGACUACCUCACUAAAGAUUGGUGUCUUUUGUACUGCUCCAUGACCCUUAACAAUAUACCAAGUGACGCCGAUUCAGAUUAUUCACUUGGGUCCCUUUCGAUUGGUGACACAUAUUUGUUUCGAGGUCGGGAAACUUGUGAGACACUUGCUACACAGCAAGUGUUGAAUGUUACGAAAUCUUUCGCAGUAUUUCGCUCCUGGGUUCAAAGUGGCGAGGAAGCAAAUGCUAUUGACAAUUUCUUGCGCUCUCUUCAGUCGGAAUUUAUCCUGCAAAAUCGAUCACUAUGUUUAGGCAAGGAGCUUACUUUGUCAAGUGACGAAGAGCUCGGUAAAUCGCCAAUAAUGUCUUCCAAGGCUAUACUUCUCUUUAACAGCAAGUUGUUGCCAAUUGUUCGUGGGAGUUGGCGAACGUACACAGGUGGAUUCGUCUUCUUUUGUCCGAAUUUCAAUCCAAUUAUCGUGUCUAUUGAGCAAAAUGUCGAAUGGUUUUCGAUCCUACCGUCUUCUUAUGAUGAGUUGGUGCUUCUGAAGAUUGUUUUGAAGAUAGAUAAAGAUAGUCACUUAACACCGUUGUCAAACGUCAUGCCUGUCCAUUUAGAGUCAGAUGAGAUAUACAUCCCUUUACAAUCGAGCUCGCGAUUCCAAGUUGAGGUUUUUAAAGCUUUGGAGUCGUGGAAAGCCACUGCUGCUGCUCUAAAUACUUUGGUCAAUCAAGCUAGUGAGUUGUUGAAGAAUCAACAAGUAGGCUUACAACGAGAACAAAACGGUAUUCAUGCUGAGAUUCCAAGUCAAGUGAAGGCAACGUGCGAGAUGCUAGUAUCCAAACAAUCGUUUGUGGGUCAGGAUGCUCGCACAAUUGAUAAAUUGUUUCCACAAGAUUUCAUUCCGAACGAGCCAGAUGAGUUCUCAACAGUGUCAUUGCCCAUUUCAAAGAAUCCCAGCAGGCUUGAUGUCCCAGUCACAAUUAUGAUUGGAAUCCCUGGAAGUGGUGUCGAGGCAUUAGGUAAGUUAGUCUGCAGCAUUUCAUCCUCCAGCUUCACUUGGAUUCCUAUCAAUAUUGAUCUUCGCAAUCUGGAGCCUGAAAAACAACAAAAAAUGGAGAAUAACGGGCUUUUUAUACUUUCCGGUGAAAUUUCUCGAGCGCUGGAUCGGAUUAACGAAUCUGCUCAAAGUCUUCACUUGCCUCCUCGAAUUCUUAUAAGUAUCACGGGAUACAUCGAUCCUAUCAUGGUAGCUAUUGCAGUCCGACGUGGAGCACACAAUGCCCCGCUUUCAAGCACGAUCGGAGCGAUUAUUACUUGUUUAAGUGCGGUUAAUGUCAAUGUACCAGACCCAUUAGAUGCCCAGGCACCACUUCCAAAAGUCUUUGAUCAAAUGACAGCUGGGUUUGUGACCCACUUAGUAGUUACGAACAGCUCAUAUGUUUCCGAAGUAGUCCUUCAACGAUUGCGUUCUCGCAUGGACCAAGUGAAUCCAUUCACCGACGUGAUAGUUCUGUCACACGAUGUUUUUGAAGGACCUAUAACUCCAUUACUUUCGGUGGACCGAUUCGAAAGUGUCGAGCAUAAGCAGUACCGUGGCUUUCAUUUUCAAGAUUGGGACAGCAGUGUUUUAAGUGAUGAUAUCUCGUCAAUGUAUACACGAUACGUUGCUGAGCUUGAGCCUACUCAAUCACCUGUGAGCUUUCGUUUUGAAAUUGGUACUGGGUUGGAUCGAUAUAGAUUCUUACAAUCUGUCGUGAAAACUUUAACUCCAUAUGCCACGUUAGCAAAGUCACUGGAUCGAAUUUACCCAAUAGACAAGAACAAUAUGAAAGGAAUUCGUAUCGCUCAGACAAUUGCCAUCAAUAAAGCGCGCCAAGAUAUUCAGAAAACAUCUUCUUCGUCUUCUAUCUCGUGCAGUGACGUGGUGAGUUUAGACGGCCGGUCGCAGUCGUGUUGGUGUGUCGAAGGGCAAGUUGUAUUUAAAGAUGAACCCGAUCGCGUGUAUGAAUACCUUUCGACUGGCACUUUAGCUCGGAUCUGGGUUGGUUUAAGUCAUGAUAAGAAUACAAAAAAUGUUUUCUCGACGGAGGUGAAGAUUACUGGACAAGGUCUCAAUGCUCAAAAGUUGCACCAACUUCUACUUAGCUGUUAUGAUCAUGCUGAUUCUUUAUCAAAUCAUCCUCGUUCGAAGGCUUCAAUCAGCCAUGAGGAGAAGUGUGAAAUUCAAAGGCAACAUGCAGCAGAUCCUUUGCCUGAGGGCUACUUGUUUGACGGCACCAAUUAUGUCGAUUUUUUUGGUAGUCGCUAUGAAUUUCACCCCUGCAUCGCCCGAUUUAUCGACGAAUAUAUUGCAGCUGUCAAUGACGAUAAGAAGGUAACAAAGGUAAAGGCGUCAGCAAAGCUUGGGUUUCAAUGUUUUGUCAAACAACUUGUGUAA